AUGGAUGCCGAGACGAUCCUUCGGCCACCGUCUCUCAGCGACGUUAGACCUAAGAUGGCGAGAUCAUUACUUCCACCGGCUGCCCAGGAUAUCGGCUCUAGCACGAACGAGGGGCACGCGAUCAAUGACCCCAAAGAGCUCGAUGCCGAGCCUUCCGGCCCUAAUAAUACGCAGCCGCGGGAGACGGAGAGUUGCCCGAUACAAUUGGUCUCGCUUGCAGCCGCCAACCCCACUUCCCCAGGAGAGGAGCUUCCGGGAGCGGAAGGGGCAGAAACAACAAAUAAGCCCUCACGCGGAGCCAUCGCCUUGAUCAUGGCUCCGCUUUGCCUGUCCGUCACGCUAUCAGCCCUAGAUCUCACCAUCGUGACUCCGGCCAUCCCGGCCAUUGUGGGCGACUUCGAAUCUCCAUCGGGCUACAUCUGGGUGGGCAGUGCCUUUAUCCUGGCCUACACGGCCAUCACGCCUGUGUGGGGGUCUGUGGCCGACAUUUGGGGCCGGAAGCCCAUCAUGCUGAUUGCGCUGUCCAUCUUCCUUGUUGCGAGUCUUCUCUGCGCGCUGGCUCCUACCAUGGACGCAUUGAUCGUUGGUCGCACCAUUCAGGGUCUUGGCGCGUCGGGGAUAGGCAUGAUGGUCAAUAUCAUCAUUUGCGAUACUUUUUCGUUGAGGGACAGGGCGUUGUAUUUGGCUAUCACGUCUAUUGUUUGGGCCGUGGGAAGCGCCGUGGGCCCGGUCCUCGGCGGUGUUUUCACUACCGAAUUGAGCUGGAGGUGGUGCUUCUGGAUCAACUUGCCUAUUGGCGCUGCCGUCUUCUUCGUGCUGUUCUUCUUUUUGAAGGUCCCUAACCCCAACACCCCAGUCUUAUCCGGGCUCAAGGCUAUCGACUGGACCGGAAGUGUCCUCAUCAUGGGUGGCACUUUGAUGAUUCUCCUCGGUCUUGAUUUUGGCGACGUCACAUUCCCCUGGUCAUCCGCCACCGUCAUCAACCUCAUCGUAUUUGGCACAGUGGUCGUCGGCAUCUUCCUCAUCAACGAGUGGAAGCUCGCUCGAAACCCCGUCAUCCCAUUACGGCUGUUCGCUAGCAGAUCGACGGUGGCGGCUUACGGCGUCUUCGCCUUCAACUCGUACGUUUUCAUGGGCCUGGCCUACUACCUACCCCUAUACUCACAGUCGGUGCUCGCAUCCAACGCCCUCUCCUCUGGCGUCCACCUCCUACCCCUCAUUAUUUCGUCGUCCCUCGCAGCCGCCUUCGCAGGGGUAUUCAUUCAGAAAACGGGAAAGUACCUACCCGUCAUGUACUUUGCUCAGGUGGCCCUCACUCUCGGCAUCGGACUCUUCCUCAACCUAGAGUUCGAGAAGGACCUAAAGAAACUGUUCGUCUUCGAGAUCCUCGCCGGUAUCGGCGUCGGCAUGAACAUCGAGGGUCCCCUCCUCGCUGCCCAGGCCGCGGCCACCGAGCUCGACACAGCGGCUGUCAUCGCUACUAUGGGCUUCGGCCGGUCCAUCGCCACGGCCGUGUCCGUCGUGGUUGGCGGUGUCAUCUUCCAGAACGAAAUGAAUGUGAAGAAUCCGCGACUUGUUGAUCAGUUGGGGCCGCAGCUUGCUGCCAAUUUUAGCGGCGAGCAAGCUUCGGCUCAUGUCGAUCUCAUCCGGACUCUCCCCGAAGAGCAGCAGGACGUUAUUAGGCGGACGUAUUUUGAUGCAUUGAGGACAGUGUGGAUCAUGUAUGUCGCAUUUGCAGGAUUCUCGACGAUUCUAAACUUCUUGAUCCGCGGCCACCAUCUAAGCCGUGAAACAAAGGAGGUGAUACUUGGCGUAGAUAGGAGCAAGGCAAGUCAACAACCAGAACAGCCAGAAUCUAGCAUUAGACAACCGGGCGACCAGGCUGCUUCAGUUGAAGGUGAUGGGGUCAGGCGAAGGCAGGCAGGAAAUGUCUUGGCCUCUUAA